ACGACGCCAAUAGUACCGACACGCGCAUCCGAACCGAAAAGCUAAAAAUGGGGAGAAAAAAGGCUGUAAAACGAAAGUUUUAUAUCAACAACAGGCUAUUGAACCCCGCUACGCAAAGUGCUACGAGAGAAUUGAUACAAUACUUUGGGGAAAAUGUGUGCGAAACCUCGUCGAAAUCAAUCGCGGAACCAACUGUACCACCGUCAUCAUCUGCCCAACUGGAAUUACAACCGCAACCGCCAUCGGUUACAUCAUCCGUUGCAACUGUUGCAGGGUUAGGAGCAGAGUUCGGAACAGCAACAGGCACCAUCUCCACAUUGGGCGGCGCUACCAAGUACAUGCGACCGGAACUGGCAACAAUGCUCGGUCUAGUCAAACAGGUUGAGCCGAUCACGAAGAAGCAACCGGCGCAGUUCACUAGCAUGUACCAGGUAGCCACGCGCAGUAACCUUGAAGGAGAGCUGGUCAAGAAUUGCCUCAACCCUCGGCAGGGUAAGAUUGUGUUUAGGACUGUACUACCGUGUACGGUCAACGAUAUGGUGCUCAUACCGCCAAUGCCCAGUGAUCUGAGAAAAUGCCCAGACACCAAAAGCCGUUACAGCUUUAAGGACAAUAAAGACCCGGAACCGGUGCUGAGCGACUAUCUGCGUCCGACACCGGUUACUUUCCACUUUGUGCAAAACAAUUCGCAAUCCGUGUUGGGCCCCGUCGCUGCCGGAGUAUCGUGGAACAACUUCAGCAAUAUCGUGCAAGUGCUAAAGCAUGUGGAGCCGCGCAAUAAGAUGGCAUGCGUUAAGAUGGAUUAUGAUGAGGUACCGCGCAUGCAUGAUGCGACAGCUGCAGCUGGUGGUACAGCUAGUGGCAGUGGAGCCGGGAGAACUUAGUGUGGUCUAUUAUUAGUAGUGAUUAAGUUUUCAAUUUUUCAACUUUUAAUAUCUCAUGAAUUCAGUUAGAACUAUUGCUCACUUACACUUCACUAUUAUCGAUCCUUCGUCACUUAGCAUCAUCUUUCCUCGUAGCUGUUCUAUGUUCUUUCAAUUUCGUCUUUUUUUUGUCUCUGACUGCUACUUUAGCAUUGGUUUUUUUGUGAGCAGAACGUUCGAGACAUAAAACGUUUCCAAUCAUGCAUUAUUAUAUACAUUAAUGAAUAAAUCAUCCACAUAAUUCCUCGCUCUGUA